AUGAAGCUCAUCAUCAUCCAUCACUUAACCACCGUGAAGCUCAUCAUCAUCAUCCAUCACUUAACCACUGUGAAACUCAUCACCAUCCAUCACUUAACCACCAUGAAGCUCAUCACUGUCCAUCACUUAACCACCAUGAAGCUCAUCACCGUCCAUCACUUAACCACCAUGAAGCUCAUCACCGUCCAUCACUUAACCACCAUGAAGCUCAUCAUCAUCCAUCACUUAACCACCAUGAAGCUCAUCAUCAUCCAUCACUUAACCACUGUGAAACUCAUCACCAUCCAUCACUUAACCACCAUGAAGCUCAUCAUCAUCCAUCACUUAACCACCAUGAAGCUCGUCAUCAUCCAUCACUUAACCACCAUGAAGCUCAUCACCAUCAUCCAUCACUUAACCACCAUGAAACUCAUCACUGUCCAUCACUUAACCACCAUGAAACUCAUCAUCAUCAUCCAUCCCUUAACCACCAUGAAACUCAUCACAUCCAUCACUUAA